AUGGCGUCUGCUGAUCUGAGAGACGAGCUGACCUGCUCAGUCUGCCUGAACAUUUAUACAGAUCCUGUAACCCUGAGAUGUGGACACAGCUUCUGCCGAGUCUGCAUUGAGAAUGUGCUGGGCACACGGGAGGUGAGAGGCUAUUCCUGUCCUGAAUGCAGAUUCAUUUUGGGGAAAAAAACUGAGCUUAAAAGAAACCAUAGACUGUCUAACAUAGCAGAGAGUUUCCGAUUAAUUGAGCCACCAAGAAAAAAGAUUGGGAUCCCCUGUACUUACUGUAUUCACUCUCCUGUACCUGCUGCUAAAACAUGUCUGCACUGUGAAGCUUGUCUGUGUGAAGCCCACCUGAGGGUCCACAGCAAGUCAGCAGAACAUGUCCUAACUGAACCCACCACUUCACUGGAGAACAGAAAAUGCUCCGUCCACAAGGAAAUCCUGAAAUAUUACUGCUUUGAGGAUGCUACCUGUAUCUGUGUGUCCUGCAGGCUGGACGGAGAUCAUAGGGGACACCAGGUGCAGACUCUGAAUGAGGCCUCUGAGAAGAAGAAGGAGAAACUGAGAAAUAUUCUGAAAAAACUAACCUCAAAGAGAAAGGAGGCUGAGAAAAGAGUCCACAGCCUGCAGGAGCUCAAGAGAGAAGUGCAAAAAAAAAGCAGCCGGGGUAACAGAGGAAGUAACUGCCCUGAUUAG